GGUUGUAUGUCUUAUGGGUCAUCUGCUUGGGCGGACUGGGUCAAGGAUGAGGAAAAAAGCAUCGACUUGAUAGGCAAAGCUUACCAGGCCGGAAUCAACUUCUUCGAUACUGCCAACAUGUACUCGAACGGUGAAAGUGAACGUGUCUUGGGCAAAGCUAUCAAGCACCAUGGCAUGUCUCGCGGAAGAAUCGUUGUUGCUACCAAAAUCUUUUUCCCUGUCAUGGCACAAGUCGGGGACCACGCUCCACCAAAGGAUGUGCUUCUCCAAAGCGAUGACUUGAUGGUGAAUGAAUGGGGAUUGUCGCGAAAGCAUAUAAUGGAUGCCAUUCAAGGGUCGCUGGAGAGACUUCAGUUGGAUUAUAUAGACGUCUUACAGAUUCAUCGACUUGAUACUAAUACGACCAUUGAAGAAACCAUGGAAGCAUUGCAUGAUCUUAUCAAGUCUGGCAAAGUGCGAUACAUUGGUGCGAGCUCGAUGCCGACGUGGCAGUUCCAAAAGGCAAACAAUAUAGCAGACAAACAUGGUUGGACGCCAUUUACCAGCAUGCAGAACUUGUACAACCUCCUUUAUCGAGAGGAAGAACGUGAAAUGAUCCCCUACUGCGUGGAUCAGAACAUUGCUCAAAUUCCUUGGUCACCUAUGGCCAUGGGUCUACUCACUGGUGGUAAAAAGCGCGACACAGUUCGAAGCAAGCAGACAAAUGCUAUGUUUGGUCAACUAUACGACGAAGCCAUCAUUGGACGCGUCGAGGAGCUUGCUUCCAAGAAAAGUGUAAAGCCGGGUCAGAUCGCAUUAGCGUGGUUAUUUAGCAAGCCAUAUGUUACAGCACCUAUCGUGGGUACUGGCAAGGAAGAAUAUCUCUACGAUGCCAUCGAUGCCUUGCAAAUCACACUUUCGGAGGAAGAUACUAAGUUUUUGGAAGAAGCGUAUACUCCCAAUCCUGCUCAUUACUUAACGUAA